AUAAACAAGUUCUCUCUGUUCUUCUUUUCCCUUUCCAUUUGCCAAAACAAAAAAGCUUCACUCACUCGCUCACUCUCCUUCAACAAACAACCAAUGCAUCGAUCUGAAUUCACAAACUCACUAUAUUACUUCUACUUUUUCUGAAUUCACAAACCAAACACAUAGUAACUCUAUAGAGAGUGUGUGCGUGUAUAAGAAUUUCAAUGGGUGGAGUAACAUCGUCGAUGGCGUCGAAGUUGGCGUUCUUCCCUCCGAACCCAUCAUCGUACAAGUUAGCGAAGGACGAUGUAACUGCUCUUCUUCUUCUCACCCCCUACCCUCACCGCGAAAACGUUGAAAUUCAAAAGCUUCACACGCGUCGUGGCACUGAGAUUGUUGCCAUCUACGUUCGCCACCCAAUGGCUUCUUCCACUCUUCUCUACUCUCAUGGCAAUGCCACCGAUCUUGGCCAGAUGUACGAGCUCUUCAUCCACCUCAGCAUCCACUUGCGUGUUAAUCUCAUGGGGUAUGAUUACUCUGGGUAUGGCCAGUCAUCAGGGAAGCCAAGCGAGCAGAAUACAUAUGCAGAUAUUGAGGCUGUGUAUAAGUGUCUAGAAGAAAGCUAUGGUACCAAGCCAGAAGAUGUAAUCCUGUAUGGCCAAUCUGUUGGCAGUGGACCUACUUUGGAUCUUGCAACUAAGUUGCCUCAAUUGAGAGCUGUUGUUCUGCAUAGUCCUAUACUUUCGGGCUUAAGGGUCAUGUAUCCAGUAAAGCGUAGUUACUGGUUUGACAUAUACAAGAAUAUCGACAAAAUUCCACUAGUUAAUUGUCCAGUUCUCAUAAUUCAUGGGACUUCAGAUGAAGUUGUAGAUUGCUCCCAUGGUAAACAACUGUGGGAACUGUGUAAAGAGAAGUAUGAACCAUUGUGGCUCAAGGGAGGUAACCACUGUGAUUUAGAGCAAUUUCCUGAAUAUAUCAGGCAUCUGAAGAAGUUCAUAGCCACUGUUGAGAAGUCUCCAUCCCAAAGAUACAGCUUCCGAAGGAACAUGGAGCAGUUUGAGCAGCCGCGAAAGAGUAUUGAUGUCUUUGAAGUAAGUAGAAAGAGCACUGAUCGCAGAGAAAAGCCGAGGCUGAGCACAGACAGGCCUGAAAAACUGAAAAAUUUGUCUAGCAAUAAUGCUGACAAGCUAGAAAAACUGAGAAUGUCUUUUGAUCACAUGGAAAGGUCGCGGAGAAGCGUGGAUUGUCAUGAGAAGUCUAGAAAAAGCAUUGAUCAUCAACUUGAAAAAGCAAGGAAGAGUGUUGACAGGUUGGACAGAAUAAGGACCUGAUGAUUCUUGGUUUAGUCGAAUUAUAUAUUCAUGCAUGGCUUGGCUUUCUGAGAUUUUUUUCUUCUUUAAAUUGUGGCCUAUUUGGUUGUGCAAUGCAUUAUAUUAGAUAUGAUAAAUAUUGGCAUCAAAGGAAGAGUUUGGUUUUA